ACAAAGUUUGUCCCUUGCUUUCUUCUGAUUCGGCCUCCACGGCUGUCAAUCACGGAAUGAGAAUCAAGCCUUGUCGGGAAGACACGUGCGGUGUUAUCGACGGUGGAAAGAAAGCGCAAACCGUGGGAUGCGAUGAAUGCGGAACACGAGGCCACCGCGGUGAGCAGGCUGCUGCCCCAGCUCGCUGCUUCUCUGACGCGCUGGGUCCGGUGUGGCCGUGGCCGGGAGAUGUGCACCAGGGCUGCCCCAGGGGAGAGUCCCCGAGUCCCAGCUCCCCUCGAACCCCCCUCCGAAACACCCCAAGACAAACUCGAGUCUGUGACUAGCGUGGGGCUGGAGAAGAGUCUGGGCCCGGAAGAUCUCCAUGAGCAUCGCUGUGUCUUCGUCUGCAGCGAGCAGUUUGAUCGCCUGCUGCAGGAAUUUCCAGCCUACCACAGCUGCAAGAGCUGUCUGUCCUCUUUCAUACUCGAGCGAGAGUUUGAUGACCCCAAGGGGCAGCGUUGUGAGCGUUUCGAGUGCGUGUCUCUGGGCUCGGGAGAGACCUGCAACACGGACUGGCUCUGCUUCACUGGGAGCCACAUCCACGACUGUCACUCCACCACCAUCGCCCGACGAGCACUCAAGAGGUUCCUGUUGAAGCAGCUGCUCCUGUUCUUCAGCGGCGUCCCAGAGUAUGAGGACCGGUCUAUAUUCCAGAGGUCCCCUGACAGCCCGCUGCUCCGCCUCAAGCCCGGGGUCUACCUGCACCUCUACACCAACAGGAUCCCCAGGGGAGCAGCACAGUGCAGUCUCACGAACAGCACUCCUCGCAGUCCCAGCUCCUCUCUGACGCUCCAGUGCCACGUCCGCGGCUCUCUGGUCUCCGCUGCCUCUGUGCAGCCCAGCGUUUGGGGGGCACGGGUCUGCUGCAUGUCCGGCACCGACAAGCUGAGCCGCUGGGCCGUGCUGGGGGUGCAGGGGGCGCUGCUGAGCCUCUUCAUGGAGCCGCUGCACAUCACCAGCGUCGUACUGGGGGACUCCGAGCACAACACGAAGACUGUCUCCAGGGUGAUUAACCAGCGGCUGGGGGAGGCGCUGUCCGAGAGGCUGCCCCCUCCCUACGCGAAGAAGGUCAUCUACUUCUUCCCAGGGGCGGCUGUGGGGCCCCUCAAGAGCGAGCCGGACUGCGAGGGGCUGAGCCUCAACUGGUGCCGGGGGGACUCUGGGCUGGAGGUGGUGGACUCUGCCACCGGGCGCGUGGUCCAGGAGUCUCCAUUUAAAAGCGGGCCCUCUCUGUGCAGCAGACUGUGCAAGGCGGGUCUUUAUAGCGCCUUUCGGGCGGUCGCCAAAGAGGCAGGACGCCAAGAGCUGCUGGAUCUCCCUUCUUACCGAGAUGCCAAGAUAAAAGCUGAUCUCUACCAGCAGGCAAAGCAGCAGGUCAGCCACGAGUUCAUCUCUAACAACGCCGGACCCUGGAACUCAAAGCAAAUUGUGGACAACUUCAGCGUCUAAACCGCCCUUUCCCCAGCUCCCGGGCUCACUCAGGGCUUCACAGAGAAGCUAGGGUGCUCAUGUAACAGGGAUGGAAAUAAGACUCCUACUGCAUAGCAUUUUGAUCCAUUCCUGAUUUUUUUACUAUGAGUUUAAUAAGAUAAGAGCUUGUUAGCUAGACUCACUGGGGCUGAUCAAGCUGGUAGUAAAACCUGGAAUGGGUGACACCGCUGUGCAAUGGGAGUCUCAUUUCCACCCCUGCAUUAUGUUAAGCAGAUCGUGUGAUUACAUGUUGCGGCUGGUGAUUUCUAGAACUGGGUGCAGACUUGGGGAAUUAAAUUAGAUUUUUAUUUAUUUAUUUAUUUUUUAAAGUUUAGUUUCAUUUAUCUCUGAAUUGAACAUUCAUUUAGGAAAACCCCCCAAAAAUAUUUUAUUUUGUCAGUUUGCAGGAGUGCCCCUAGUUUAUAAUCUUCUAAUCUUUACUGUCAGUUAUUACCAGUGAAAACAAAGUCGAUUGCAAUCAAUGAGAUUAUUAACUGACUGUCUGCUUCACACGAAAAAGAGUAAUUCAGAAUCCGAGUUCAUGUAAGCGUCUGAAAAUCACCGCGUAUUGCAUGAACAGUUUAGUUCAGUAAUUGUCAGUUAGUUGUGUUGUUUUUUGGUUUCAUAAGAAAAAGAAGCUACACCAAGUCUAUGCAGCUGUUUGUCUUCAGUUAAAUGUGUUAUUUAAAAAAAAAAUGCAUUUAAUGUGUUUCUUUUCAUUGUUUCAAAUCGCAACCCUGUGCUUAUAUUCAUUUCUUUCAAAGAACAGUAAUGGAUGGAAAUGACUCCCAUUGCACAGCAGUGUCACCCAUUCCAGGUUUUACUACCAGCUUGAUCAGCCCCAGUGUGUCUAGCUAACAAGCUCAGGUGCGUCUGAUUGAACUCAUGUUUAAUCCAGGAAUGGAUCAAACUGCUAUGCAAUGGGAGUCUUCUUUCCAUUCCCUGAAUAAGGCCAGCAGCCCCCAAGCUUAGUUCCAAGCAUUUAUUUUAUUGUAACUCAAGUUAAUAAGAGACAAGUUUACAGAGUUUAUUUCACAGACGCAGUAUGUCAAUGUUUCUGUGUUUCUAUAAGAAGGCUUGUUUGUUAAAGUGUGCAACUUUAUUUUUUCUGAGCACACUGUAGUAGUAAUAAUUGAAAAGCAAAUUCAGUAAAGCGUUUAACGUGA